AUGAACAAAGGUCUCAUUGAGAUGAGUCCUAUACAGCAAGCACUCAUUUAUUCAUUUUGUGAAAACCAUGACAAGGCCAUUCAGGUGUUGGAUGGGGCCACUUUGAAUAAGCCUGAGAUCAACAUAAUUAUUCUAUUAGCAAAAACCCAAAUGAAGGCCAAGAGAACCAAGGAAGCUGUGAAGCUGUUUAAAAAGGCGUUGGAUAUCUGUUCUCAUUCUGAGAGAGGACCACAUGCCGUAGAGGCGACAGUGGACUGUCUGUAUAACUUGGGUCUUUGUUACAUGGAUGAAGGCAACUUCCAAAUGGCUUUUGAGUCUUUUACCAAAGCUGUGAAAAUAAAUCCCAGUUUUGCAGAAGGCUUCCAUCAACGAGGGCUUUGUAAAGUAAAACUUCACAAGGAUAGCUCAAUCCUGGAUUUUAAUCGUGCAAUUACCCUCAAUCCAAAACAUUAUGAGGCAUAUUUAAACCGAGUGGCCUUCUAUGGUUUGAAAGGCAGAUACUCCAAAGCAAUCUUGAAUUGUAACGAGGCCAUCAACAUUUACCCUCAGAGUGUGCGGGCUUACAUCUACAGAGGCGUUCUGAAGUACCACAACAGGACUUAUAAGCUAGCGAUUGCAGAUUUAACUACCGCUAUCAACAUGGACAAAAACAGUUAUGUAGCAUUUUAUAACAGAGCAUUGUGUUACACCAAGAUAGGUGAACUUCAGAUGGAUAAUGUUGCAAAACUAACAAAAUGUAUGAAACUGUUUCAGGAUUUUAAACAAGCUGCAUUGCUGAGCGAGACUAAUGUGAACCUUUGUCAAGUUACCGCCUUAUGCUAUCACAGAAACAAAGAGUUUGCAGAAGCUGUCACUUUCUUCACAUUGGCUCUUAGUAUUAAUCCCUGUUUUGUGGAUGCUUACAUUGGACGGGGAAAUUCUUACAUGGAAUAUGGUCACGAUGAAGGUGUCAAAGAAGCACAGAAGGACUUUCUGAAAGCGCUGCAUUACAAUCCAAUAUGCACAAAAGCCAGAAUUUCAUUAGGUUAUAAUUUGCAGGCCCAAGAAAAAUUCCAGAAAGCUUGGAACCACUUUACCAUUGCCAUAGAAGUUGAUCCAAAGAGCUACCUAGCCUAUGAAGGAAGAGCUGUGGUCUGUCUUCAGAUGGGUAAUAACUUUGCUGCAAUACAGGAUAUUAACAUUGCCAUUAAGAUCAAUACUACAGCAGAAUUCUUAACAAAUCGUGGUGUGAUUCAUGAGUUUAUGGGCCAGCAACAAAAUGCAAUGAGAGACUAUCAAGCAGCAAUUUCUUUAAACCCUACAUACGCACUGGCUUACUUUAAUGCAGGAAAUAUCUACUUUCACCACAGGCAGUUUUCCCAGGCCAGUGACUACUUCUCAAAGGCUUUAACGUUUGAUCCAGAAAAUGAAUGUGCUACCAUGAAUCGAGCUAUCACAAAUACAGUAUUAAAGAAGUACGAAGAAGCAAAAGAAGAUUUUGCAAAUGUAGUUGAAAGCUGUCCCUUCUGGGCUGCGGUGUUUUUUAACAGAGCGCAGUUCUAUUGUUGCUUAAAGCAAUAUGAAUUAGCCGAGGAAGACCUCAGUAAAGCUCUGUCUUUGAACCCUAAUGAUGCCCUGGUAUAUAAUCUGAGAGCAGAAGUUCGUGGUAAAAUGGGUGCGAUUGAGGAAGCUAUGGCUGACUAUAACCAAGCACUUGAUCUUCAAGAAUUUGCCAAGUGAUAUGAUUAUAGAGACUGGUUUCGGUAGCAGUUUACACAGCUGUUAAACCAGAAAUUGAAAUGUAUUUGUUGUUUAAAACAAAGUUGCACUAUCUUCACUAUUGUAUUCAUUAUGUUUUGUCUUCUCUAUAACCCUUUAAUGCAUUUUAACAACACAUUUAUGCUCUAUAUUAAUUUUAAAACAUUU